AUGCACUCAAAAGUGACGGUCCUUCGUCGAAGACAAGCGGAUGCGGAAUUAUGGAUGGGCCGUGCACAUACGCUUCUUUCAAGUGAUCGUGCAAAAAUUGUGAGCUACAAAAACAGAAUUCUAAAUUUGUUCAUGAACUACAGGAAACUUCAGACCAAAACGAGUAAUAAGUAUUUUUUCAGAUUCCCAAACUUGACAAUUGUCACAGAAACGAUGCAGAUGAGCAAUUCGCUUUACAUACAGAUCCGUGACUGGGUGGCUUUUGUGGUAUCUCAUCAUGUAAUCAUGGCAAUGUAUUUUGUCUUGAGCUACUCAGUCAUCCCAUAUUUUGUGCCAUCAGUUUUUUGGGAAAAGUGCUUCAUCAGAUUCUUCAUCGUUCAUUUAUUUCUCGUUGUUUUCUUGCACUACCAACGGGUCACAAAAUAUCCACCCGGACCACCACCCAUGGCAAUUCUUGGAAAUUCUCCAUUCAUUAAUGUUUUAUCUCCUGAGAAGACUUUUCUAGAAUAUCGUGAGAUUUACGGUCCAGUUUUCACCCUUCAUCUGUCCCAACCUACCGUAAUCCUGGCAGACUACAAAUCAAUUGAAGAAGCUCUUGUUGCAAAUGGUCAGAAAACGAGUGGACGUUCUAGCGCCGAAUCUUUCGUGCUUUUCACCGGAGACCGUCAGGAUGGUGAUGGUGUUAUUCUUGCGAUGCGUCAAAAAUGGAAAAAUAUGCGGCAAGAGAUUUUGCGUUUCAUGUCAAAAUGGUACGGUAAGCCAAUGGAUGAGUUGGUUCUUCAUCAUACCAGAAGUCUGGAAUCGGAACUUGUAAAAAUGGCAGAGUCUAAGUGUCUAAUUGAUCUGCGUGAGCCAAUCUCUGGAGCUAUUGCUAAUGUUAUCCAACAAAUCACAAUUGGAAGAAACUAUCUCUAUCAAGACACCGAGUUCCAGGCACAACUCAAAGAUAUCAACGCUGUAGUGAAGGAGGUAGGCCCCAUUCUUCGAUUGGCAAUAUCGUAUUACCCUUCAGAUCAUGACUGCCGAGGUGUUCUUCGUGAAUUGUUACCCUUUUCUGCGUUUUCUACCAGAGGGCAUUCUGCGCAAAUGGACGAAUUACAAGCGAAGUUCCGUACUAUCUUGGACGAACAUCACAUCAAUCGGCAUCAGGGUGAUUUCAUGAGUCACAUGGUUGAUUUGCAGGAGUCCCGACCGGAUGAAUUUAAUGACCUCUCAAUUAUCCUCACUUGCGGUGAUAUGUGGACUGGCGGAAUGGAGACUACGACAACUACAUUGAGAUGGGGAAUCAUCUACUUGCUUAACAACCCGGAAGUUCAAACAAAAUGUCACAAUGAGCUGGUCAAGGUGUUUGGAACUGACGAACCAGAAAUGAGCAAAAUGAACCAGACGCCGUAUGUCAGAGCCACUCUCUCAGAAAUCCAACGCCUCGCAAAUGUCCUUCCAUGGGCCAUCCCUCAUAAAACUUUCGAAGAAUGCCAAGUCGGUGAACAUAAAAUUCCAGUGAACACUGAAGUUAUCCCUGCUCUUGGUGCUUUGCUCUGUGACCCCACUCUUUUUGAAAACCCCAAGGAAUUCAAGCCGGAACGUUUCCUGGACAAAGAAGGAAAAUAUUAUGUUAUGGAAGAAUUCCGUCCGUUCGGAAUGGGACCGAGGGUCUGCCUUGGAGAACGUGUUGCUCGUACUGAGCUCUAUCUCAUUUUUGCGAGUCUCCUCCAAAAUUUCCGCUUUUAUUUGAACAGGACCGAUCCAAUCCCUGUUGCUGAACGCAUCAUCGGAGGAAUCACAGCUCCACCAAAGCCAUACUCGACUCGUGUUGAGUACCACGGACAAAGAAUCGUCUACUAA